ACGGAAUCCAUCGCGUGCUUUCCCCGGCCUCGUAACUCCUCCAAGACCCUCAACACAUCACCUGAGCAGUUGAUUAUUUUACAACCCUCCCCACCUUGCCUGGUCCCCCUAAUAAGAAUGUCGCUUCCGCGUCGCCAGUAAAUCGGUUCCUCGAAUUGAGCCCCCGGCCAGUCCAGGAUGUAUACCCCAUAACGCCCGCAAUAACGUACCUUCCCGUCUCAGAUAUCUCGCCGGUCCCAACAAAACACACCCAUUGAGCCACUCUCCAGCUGUGUGCGUCUUGCGCGGAUUGAACACUACACCAGCCUACAAGAUAAACUCGCUCGAUACCACACAUAGAGGUUCAACAUGUCAAUCGCGUCAAGGCAGCUCAAGAAAGCAGCCCGCAUCAUCCUCGUCGGCGCUCCCGGCGUCGGCAAGGGCACCCAGACCGAGCGCCUCUUAACCCGCUUCCCGGAGCUGGCUUCCAUAAGUUCAGGCGACCUGUUACGAGAGAAUGUUCGCAACAAGACACCACUCGGCCUCAAAGCCGAAGCCGCCAUGCAAGCAGGCAACCUCGUCCCGGACUCCAUGAUCCUCGAACUCAUCUCCAACGAAUUCAAACACAAGGGGUGGCUCACAGCAAGGUCGUCGCCAACAUCGCCGGCGUCCGUCUCCUCCACGGCAUCAUUCAUCCUCGACGGAUUUCCCCGCACAGCCACCCAAGCGAACAGUCUGGACGCGCUCGUUCCAGUAAACUUCGUCGUGCACCUCGUCACACCACCGUCGGUGAUUCUCUCGCGCAUCGCGUCGCGCUGGGUCCACGAGCCGUCUGGACGGGUCUAUAAUACCAGCUUUAAUGCGCCUAAGGUUCCGGGCAAGGACGAUGUCACUGGGGAGCCGCUGACGCAGAGAGAGGACGACUCGCUUGAGACGUGGACGCAGCGCUUGAGGAAGUUUGAGGAGACGAGUAGGGCGUUGCUGGAUCAUUAUGGGCGGAGGGGGUGUUUGUGGCGGGUGGAGGGCAAUUCGAGCGAUGAGAUUAGUCCGCAGUUGUUUGAGGAGAUUGGGAGGCGGUUUUGUUGAUGUUUCUAUGUGAUGUUUUUUCUUUGGUUUCUUUUCUUAUUGUUUGUUUCUUUCUUGUUUCUUUUUUUUUCUUUUUUUCUUUGGGAUACCAUAGAUGGGAUUUCGUUGUGUAUUAUAAUUAUAUCAUUACGGUCCUAUUCGCUAGAAUAUACCAUGACUCGGAUGAGUUGUC